AUGAAGAAAGGCGAAUUGGGUGAACUGACCUCACGCGACUUGAAAGAAAAUUUUGAAAAAGCAUUUUUUGUGGGUCGAUGGCUUGCUGAUCAGGGAGUGUAUGACAUCACCGAGUUCCACAAGCUACAUCCUGGUGGCGAUAAAAUUUUAUUAGCUGCUGGUGGUGCUGUUGACCCCUACUGGUCUCUCUAUGCCCAGCACAAAACGGCAGAGGUGAUGGAGAUCUUGGAAGAAUAUCGUAUUGGAAAUCUCGAUCCGAAGGAUGUGGAAGCUACCAAAACAGUAGACGCAUCCAAUCCGUUUUCGAAGGAUCCUGAACGACAUCCUGCUUUAGUUGUGAACCAACAGCAACCCUUCAACGCUGAAACCCCUGCAGAACUGAAUUGUGGAUCAUUUUCGCACUCCAAACGAGUUAUUCUUUGUUCGACAUCACCUGCCAGUUCCAGAGGUUACUUUUUAUCAAGAGAAUACAUC